AUGCUGCGCUGCUGCCGGGCGGCCGCGGCCAUCGCUGCCGGCUGCGCCCCGGGCUCCCCGCGCGGCCUCGCCAUGGCCAAGAGCAAGUUCGAGUACGUGCGGGACUUCGAGGCGGACGACACGGUCCUGCCCAACUGCUGGAUCGUGGUGCGGCUGGACGGCCGCAACUUCCACAGGUUUUCUGAGCAGCAUGACUUCAAAAAGCCAAAUGAUGACCGUGCUCUGCACCUGAUGACCAAGUGUGCCCAGACAGUGAUGCAAGAACUGGAGGAUAUUGCUAUUGCUUAUGGACAGAGUGAUGAAUAUAGUUUUGUUUUCAAAAAGAAGAGCAGGUGGUUUAAAAGAAGAGCAAGUAAGUUCAUGACUCAUGUGGUCUCCCAGUUUUCCUCAAGUUACGUGUUCUAUUGGAAGGAUUACUUCAAGGACCAGCAGCUUCUGUACCCACCGGGAUUUGAUGGACGAAUUGUGUUGUAUCCCAGCAACCAGAAUUUGAAGGACUACCUCAGCUGGAGACAAGCAGAUUGCCAUAUCAAUAACCUUUAUAAUACAGUGUUCUGGAUGCUUGUGCAGCGAGGGGGUUUGACACCAGUGCAAGCACAGGAGAGGCUCCGGGGAACUUUGGCUGGAGAUAAGAAUGAAAUCUUAUUUUCUGAAUUCAACAUCAACUACAACAAUGAACCUUUGAUGUAUAGAAAAGGAACUGUCCUAAUAUGGCAGAAGAUUAAUGAAGUCAUCACUAAGAAAAUUAAAAUGCCAAAGGAAGAAGAAGAAAAAGAAGUGGAAGUGACGCGGACUAAGACUAAAGUUGUUCCCCUGCACUGUGACAUCAUUGGGGACCAGUUCUGGGAGGAAUAUCCUGAGAUUCUGGCUGAGGAUAGUUGAUAUCUCUGAUGAGCAUAACUGGUAGCUCACAUUCAGCUCUGCUUGGGUUGUUGGCAAGUGAGGAAUACGAAUGGUGGCUGGCCAGAGUUUGACCUGGGAUCCUUUUCAGCAACUACAGUGGGUUUAGCACUGGUGCUGCCUAAAAAGAAGACACUGGUGCUGUCUGACAUACAAGGAUACACCUAUAAGGAAUGCUGAAAUCAUACUGUAUUUUGAAUGUUAAGAACUCAUCAUGAAUUAAGACUUUUCCUGCCUUGUACAUGUGUAUUUGUAAAAAAUGUAUGUAGAAAUUUCCUGUGUUUCUAUAGCAUUUAAUCAAUGAGGUAUUUUAUUGUACUGCUGAACUAUAAAAAAGCCCGAAUAUUUGAACAGAAAA